AUGAAGAGUUAUUGCAAUAUAAAUCUAAAAAUUACUAAUCCAAAUAAAAUCUAAAUAGUUUAUUCUUUACUCAAAUCAAUAAAAUUAUCCAAUCCAAAGAAAGAAUCAUCUCUAAUCGAGGAAAUAGAAAACACUCUAAGCGAAUCUAAUUACCUACCCAAUGAAUUGAUUGGUGAGUAUGAUGGAGGUUUUGAGCACAAUGAACCCAUUUUGCUGACAUUGAAGAAAAUGUUUUUAAAAUACUUUAUCUGGAUAGGAUUACUUAAAUUCGUCUCAGUCCUAUUUUUAUUCACUACCCCAGUUUUAAUCAAUUAUUUGACAACUGCUUUGGAUGAAUCAGUUAAUGAUUUUUUAAUCUAUUCAGGUGCAGUUUUAGGCUCAACCUUAUUGUCUGCCAUUACUGAUACUCAAUACAAUUAUUAGAUUAAGAUUUUAGAAUUUAGAUGCAAAUCAUUCUUGGUCCAAACUUUGUAUAAUUCUAUUGAAGCAUAAUCUAAUCUAGAUCUUAUGAAUCUAAUCAACAUUGACGUUAAUACCAUCAUGAAUUUCUUUAUAAGUUUCCACGAAUUUUGGUCCUUAAUCCUGAAACUGAUCAUUGGAAUGACUAUACUAUAUUUGUAGAUCUAAGAAGCAGUCUUUGUAGGAUUUGCAACAGCCAUCAUAUUGAUGUUGGUCAAUUUUGCAAUUGCCAAUAAAAUUGGUCAUUAUUAUUCCUCUGGUCUAAUUUACAAAGACUUAAGAAUGAAAGCAGUUAAAGAUUUUAUUUCGAAUCCAAAAUCUAUUAAAUUUCUUAAAUGGGAGAACAAAUGGGAAUCCAAAAUAAUGAACAUAAGAGAAAAAGAGUUUGCCAUUAUCGCCGGUUCGAAAUGGUUGGACUCACUUUGCGUCUUAUUUUGGUCUAUUACUAAUACGUUGAUAUCUUCUAUCACUUUGUACGUAUAUUCGAAGAAUAAUGAUCUGGACAAUGUCUUUACUAUCAUAUACGUGUUUUCGUUAUUGACAAAUCCCUUGAAUUCACUUCCUUGGACUUUGGCAGGAAUGUUAUAAGCCAAAACAUCCUUUUUGAGGAUUAAUUCUUUUGUAAUAACAAGUAAAUAGAAAAACUAGUAUGAGGAAGGUAUAGAAAUUAAUUAGGCUGAACUUAAAUGGAAUUUUGACAGUGAUUUCACAUUGAAAAUACCUCAUUUCAAAAUUGAUAAUAUAAUGUUCAUUGGAGGAAAGGUUGGAUCUGGAAAAUCUUCAUUUUUGCUCUCACUUUUGAAUCAAAUGAAAGUGUAAUCAGGUUUUUUCUAAGUGAAUUAAUCAUUUUCUUAUGUCUCCCAAUAGAGUUGGCUUUUUAAAGGAUCAAUUAGGGAUAAUAUUGUAAUGUAAUCAAAGUACAAUGAUGAAUUAUACAAAUAGUGUUUGGUGUAAAGUAAUUUAAUUGACGAUAUCUAAAAAUACCCAGAAAAAGACUUGUUUGAUGUUGGACCAGAUGGAUCAAAGCUUUCAGGGGGAUAAAAAUAGCGGUUAUGCAUUUGUAGAGCACUGUACAAUUAAAAUAAUAUUUAUCUAAUGGAUGAUAUCUUUAGUAGUUUAGACCCACAAGUAGGAGAUAGCAUUUUUAAUAACUUAUUGAAACUGACAAAGCCAAUCAUAUUUGCCUUAAACGAUAAUUAUUUAUAGAGAUACAAAAAAUACGCAGAUUAGAUUAUAAUCAUUAAAGAUGGUUAGGUGAUACAUGACAAACAACAGAUUGAUAUGUAUUUCUAAGAUUUGCAGGAAUAAACUUUUGAUUUGAAAGAAUAAAAAGUUAAUGUAGUUUAAUAAGAGGCAGUAUAAGAUGAAGGAGAAAACUAAUAGAGUGUUGAAGUUAAGAAAACCUAGCAGUCUUUGUCAUUUUAUUUAAAAUCACUAGGCUUAUUAAAUUUCAUAUGGAUAUUAGUUUCAUUGGCUUUAAUGCAAAUCUCCUUUAAUGUGUAUGAUAUAUGGUUAAACACAUAUGUUAAUGAAAAUCCUUUAUUUAUCUUCAAUAACUCGUUUGUAUUAACUUUGUUCAUGUUAGUAGUGAUCGAUAUUUUUAUUAAAUUAUCAAGGGCUGUGUCUUUUGCUUAUGGCAAUUUAGUGUAAGCAAAGAAAAUAUUUAUUUAAUUGUUGAGUCAUGUGAUUCACGCAAAAUGUUCUUUCUUUGAUGCUGAAGAGAGCGGAGAGAUCUUAAUAAGAUUCUCGGAUGAUCAGAAUGUUGUGGACAAUAGAUUUCCAUUCGAAUUGAAUUUAUUGUGCAAUAAUGUCUUUAAUUUUAUUGGAACCUUUAUUGUAUUGGUAGUUCUAUAAUACUAUUUGAUAUUGCCUGUAGUGGUGUCAGCAUUGGUGUUUUACAGAUUAUAAUAGUUAUAUAGGCCAACGAGUUUGUCAUUGCGUCGAUUAGAUGCAGAGACUAAUUCAAAUUUGGCGACUUCGAUUUUCGAGUAAUUCAAAGGGAUUCUCACUAUAAAUGCAUUCAACAAGAGGGAGGAGUUUAGAAAUAUCUUUCUACGCAAAUUAACUUAGGCAACAUAAGUGCAAUGGUGUAGUAGAGUGAUUGCAUUGUGGUUAUAGAUACGAUUACAAUUAGUUGCAGGUUUCAUCGUAUUAUUUAUACUAUUAUUUACUGCUUUGAGUCUACUUUAUGAAUUGCCUAUCAGUAAAUCAACUUUGUAAUUAUUGUUAUAUUAUUCAUUAACAAAGAUCAGUUUAUUUAGGGAUUUGACAUUAUCCUUGACUACUUGUGAAUAAGAACUAGUAUCAUAUGAAAGACAAAACAAGUAUUGCAGUCAUUCCAUAGAACAAGAUAAAUGUCUUGAUUAUUCGGAGGAGAUCAAGUUUAAGGAAAUUAAAUUACAGUACUUUAAUGGGCAAUUGGCUUUGAAAGGAAUAAAUCUGGAGAUUGAGAAGGGCAAAAGAGUGGCAUUUUGUGGGAGGACAGGCAGUGGCAAAUCAUCAAUUCUGGCAGUGCUAUUUCAAUUAUACGAACAAACUGAUGGAGAUUUGUCUGUGCCAUCUCAAUAACUAUUUGAAUGGAGAAACAAAGUUGGUGUCAUUCCUUAGUUAGGAUUUGUAUUUGAUGGCACUUUGAGUGAGAACCUGGAUUGUUCGGAUUAAAAUCUGAUUUCAAAAUACAUUUCCAUGGAUGGCAACUCUUAGAUAGACUCAAAUUCAAUUUCGUAGGGGAUGAGACAAUUGAUUUCAUUCUCGAGAGUUGUCUUAUAAAAUCCUGAUAUUAUUUGCUUGGAUGAAGCCACUGCAAGUGUGGAUUAAUAGGUUGAGGAUUUCAUUCAAUAAUAUUUGAGGGAUUGUGGAAAAACUAUAAUUACCAUCUCGCAUAGAUUAGAAGCAUUAAAGGAUUAUGAUCGGAUCUACUAUCUGGAGAAUGGGUUAAUAGUUGAAUAAGGUACAUUCUAAGAAUUGGUUGAAUUAGGAGGGGGAUUUGCAAAUUUGAGAAAUUGCUGA